AGUUCAUGUUCUUUCAAUUUGAAGAAGGCUUUGUAUUGUAACUUCUCAGUGAUUGCCUGCAAACCUCACCUGCCUUCUAUCGUUUGGUUUAAUUUUCUUGCACUUCAGAAAAGUUGAUCUUACAUGGGUUCGCGGGCUGAUGAUGAUGAGGUUGAAACAAAGGAGCUGGACAUAAGAAGCGUGUCAUCCUCUAGCCGACAGACACAUAAUAUGCAGUAUGUCCACAAGGUGGGAGUUCCUCCCAAGCAGAACCUCUUCAAGGAAUUUGCAACCACUGUCAAAGAAACAUUCUUUGCAGAUGAUCCUCUACGCCCCUUCAAGGAUCAACCAAAGUCCCGGAAGUUCAUCUUAGGCAUCCAGGCCAUCUUUCCCAUUCUUGAAUGGGGAAGAAGUUACAACCUUACCAAGUUCAAAGGUGAUAUCAUCGCUGGACUGACCAUUGCAAGUCUCUGCAUUCCUCAGGGAAAGAAGAACAGGAAAUUAUUCUGGGUGCCUGCAAUUGCCCCUUUGAUAUCUGUCAUUCUCUCCACCUUUUUUGUGUAUAUAACUCGUGCAGACAAGGAAGGAGUUCAGAUUGUGAAACAUAUAGAGAGAGGAAUUAACCGGCCGUCAGUAGAUAAAAUCUUCUUCACUGGUCCAUAUGUUCUAAAAGGUUUUAAGAUUGGCGCAAUUGCUGGUAUGAUAGGGUUGACGGAAGCUGUAGCGAUUGGAAGGACAUUUGCUUCUAUGAAGGACUAUCAAUUGGAUGGCAACAAAGAAAUGGUGGCACUAGGAGCAAUGAAUGUUGUUGGUUCAAUGACUUCCUGUUAUGUUGCCACAGGUUCAUUUUCUAGAUCUGCGGUAAAUUACAUGGCUGGUUGUCAAACGGCACUUUCUAAUGUUAUCAUGUCUUGUGUUGUAUUUCUAACCUUGAAAUUCAUCACACCUCUUUUUAAGUACACACCAAAUGCUAUUCUCGCUGCCAUUAUUAUAUCAGCUGUUGUUGGCCUAAUUGACGUUCAGGCUGCAAUUUUGAUAUGGAAGAUUGAUAAGUUUGAUUUUGUUGCUUGUAUGGGAGCCUUCUUUGGAGUAGUUUUUGCAUCUGUUGAGAUAGGCCUCUUAAUCGCAGUCUCAAUAUCCUUUGCUAAAAUCCUCUUGCAAGUUACUCGACCUAGAACUGCGGUCCUCGGAAAGAUACCCAGGACAAACGUGUACAGAAAUAUUCUACAGUAUCCCGAAGCAGUUAACGUUCCAGGUGUUCUAAUUGUGAGAGUGGAUUCUGCAAUUUAUUUCUCCAACUCUAACUAUGUUAAGGAGAGCGUUAAUCAUAAAGGUGGACCAGGUGGUCCAGUUCAAUUGCUGGGAUGAUGAUAAUUAAUUAUAGAACAGGAAGAAAGACAAACUAAGAAAGUGCAGGAUGAGGUAGCAGAUAAGAUUAGGUGUAACUUACGAAAAUGUCCAUGGAAUUAGAAUCCAAUGUGGAUGUGGAAUGUAGUGCAGUGUGCAAAACUAGGGACUCCUAAGAUUACAGAGUAACUCUACUUUUACAAAGGCGAAAAAGGGGAAAGGACACUAUCAUCUCCUCCUAAUGUUAUAUUGUUAUUUGUAUGAACAUGGACGACGAAGAGGCUAGAUUCAUAAAGAUCCUACAUGUGU